AGUUCCGCUUUGUCUGCACUCUGCACAUGCGGUCCCUUCCCCUUCUCGCUCCCCACAACCCAACUCAACAACUCUAUUAACAACACCACCUCUCUCUCUCUCUCUCUCUCUCUCUCUCUCUCUCUCUCAUUUCUCAAAACACUUUCAAUCAUUGUUAUUAUCUAAUUUCUGCUUCCUCAAGCAAAAACAGUUGACACAACCCUCUUCCUCAUUAUCAUCAUCAUCAUCCCCACCAUCAACCUCUCUCUCUCUCUCUCUCUUAAGUGUUUCUGAAUUCAGAAGCUUGUAAUGUACCUGUCGUUUUGUUGAAUUUUCAGGACCUGCCCUUUUAGUUGCCAUUCAUUGCGAAUUAUGUGAAUUCGUCGGUGCCUUGUGAGUGAGAGAAAGAGAGCGCUCAUAAGUUCGGGACGGAGAAGAGUUGUUUUCCAUGCGAUCUGUGUAAAUUAAUAUGAGAAAGAGCUUGUAAAAACAUUCAGUCCAUUAAGGGGACUCUCUGUGUGUGAGCUCUACGAUUAUUGACAGAGUGAACAGAUAUGGGUAUCAAGUUCAUUUUCUCAGCAAUUUUCUUGCUAGGAACUAUUUUCCUGCUGGUGAAUUCUGAGCCGAUUGAAGAUAAACAAGCCUUGCUUAAUUUCAUACACAACAUUUCUUACUUACACCCUCUCAACUGGGAUGAGAAUUCUUCAGUCUGUGUUAACUGGACUGGAGUGACAUGCAAUCACGAUGAAUCAAGGGUUAUAGCUAUUCGAUUGCCUGGAUUCGGCUUUCAUGGUCCAAUUCCCCCCAACACUAUUAGCAGAUUACCAGAACUUCAGAUCUUGAGUCUAAGAUCCAACGGGAUAUCAGGUCCUUUCCCUUCUGAUUUUUCCGAACUUGGAAACUUGACUGGCCUCUAUCUUCAAUUCAAUAAUUUCUUUGGCCCUUUGCCUUCGGAUUUCUCGGCUUGGAAAAGUCUCUCAAUUAUCAAUUUAUCCAACAAUGGUUUCACUGGUAGUAUCCCUUCUUCAAUUGCAAAUUUAACUCACCUCACAGCUCUAAAUCUUGCUAACAACUCGCUUUCUGGUGAACUCCCCGACUUGAAUCUCCCUAGCCUGCAAGUGGUCGAUCUAUCCAACAAUAAUCUCACCGGUACUGUACCUCGAUCUCUUCAAAGAUUUCCAAGUUGGGCAUUCUUAGGUAGCAAUCUUUCUGCUGGAAAUUCAUCCCCUCCUGUACUUCCACCCAAUGCUCAACCAUCAAAGAAAUCAACAAAACUUAGUGAACCUGCAAUACUGGGAAUCAUAAUUGGCGGUUGCGCUCUGGGAUUUGUGGUACUUGCUUUCCUGAUGAUUGUCUGCCGCUCAAAGAAAGAUGGUGAAAAAGGGGUCUCAGCCAAAUCACAGAAGAAAGAAGUGUCUGCAAAGAAAGCAAUUUCCGGGAGUCGAGAUGGGAAUGGAAAGCUUGUAUUCUUUGAGGGCUGUAGUCUUGCGUUUGACCUGGAAGAUUUGUUGAGGGCUUCUGCUGAGGUGCUUGGGAAGGGGACAUUUGGGAUAGCGUAUAAGGCUGCAUUGGAAGAUACAAUGACGUUAGUGGUGAAGAGGUUGAAGGAAGGGAGCAUAGCAAAGAGAGAUUUUGAGCAGCAGAUGGAAGUUGUUGGAAGUAUUAGGCAUGAAAAUAUCGCUGCGUUAAGAGCCUAUUACUAUUCCAAGGAUGAAAAGCUCAUGGUGUAUGACUACUAUAGUCAAGGGAGCGUGUCUGCACUGUUACACGCUAAAAGAGGUGAAGACCGGACUCCUCUUGAUUGGGAAACCCGACUAAAGAUUGCAAUUGGUGCAGCAAGAGGCAUUGCUCAUAUCCACACACAAAAUGGUGGGAAGCUUGUUCAUGGAAACAUAAAAGCUUCAAACAUAUUCCUGAACUCCCAACAUUACGGUUGCUUGUCUGAUCUUGGUUUGGCGACAUUGAUGAGCCCAAUGACCCCAACAGUCAUGCGAACUGCAGGGUACAAAGCCCCUGAAGUAACAGACACCCGCAAAGUAUCCCAUGCAUCUGAUAUGUACAGUUUUGGAGUCUUGCUGCUCGAACUUCUCACUGGCAAGUCUCCUAUCCACGCCACAGGGGGCGAUGAGGUUGUGCACUUGGUAAGAUGGGUUAAUUCUGUGGUUAGAGAAGAGUGGACUGCUGAAGUAUUUGAUUUAGAGCUUUUGAAGUAUCCAAAUAUAGAGGAAGAGAUGGUGGAAAUGUUGCAAAUAGGGCUGGCUUGUGCUGCUAGGAUGCCAGAGCAGCGACCCAAAAUGCCAGAUAUACUGAGAAGGGUUGAGGAAAUCCGACGGGUCAAUACUGGGAACCGACCAUCCUUUGAAACUAGAUCAGAAGGUUCAACACCAACACCGAUACUGACACCACCAGUGGCUGAAAUAGGACCGUCUUCUGUUCCACAGUGAGAUUCGGGUUGUUGGAAAUUAGUUGUGAUAUAAUUUUUUUGGAGAUCAUUGAUUCGCACAUGGUUUGGAUUACUUUAGUCCUUUAAAUCUUGCUUUUCUUUGACUAUUGGUGCCUCAUAUUAGUUUACCUACAUGAUCCAGCUAUUGUCAAAGUUAGGUUGGUAUUUUAUAUUAAUUUUUUAAGGGCAGUGUCAUUAUGUAUGUUAUUUUAAAUAGACAGAUGCAGAACAAUGUAAUCAACUUAAUUGAAGUCAACAUGUUUGUUAAAGUAACUUAUACCAGCAUUUUGGUUUACUUUAUGAUAAGCUUGUAGAUCAUUAGUCCAA